AUGCUCCAGCUCGACGAAAUUGCGUUUGAGCAUCCGUCUGCUGGCGAGCUGCUGUUGAAGGUCAGCGCCAUUGGGAUAAAUCGCAUGGAAGCCUUUUACCGCGCAGGCGGCUUCGGCCUUCCCAAGGCGCUCCCUGCCAUGCUCGGAUCGGAAUGCGCUGGAACGGUUCUGGCGGUCGGUGAAGGCGUCAAUGAGUUCUCGAUCGGGGAUCGUGUAGCGACCAUCCCGGGGUUCACGAGCGUCCCGGGUUUCGCCACAGAGAUGCCAGGGCACGAAUGCGCUGUAUACGGCGAGCAAGCCUACGUGCCAGCGGAGAUGACGGUAAAACUACCCAACGGCAUGUCGUUUGUUGAUGGUGCCGCGUUGUGGAUGCAGUACAGCACAGCCUGGAAUAGUAUGGUUGACACUGCCCAUCUGCAAAAGGGCGAAUACGUGCUGCUGACGGCCGCGACGUCGUCGGUGGGAAUUGCGGCGGCCCAGGUCGCCAAAUCGCAGGGCGCCAUUCCGAUCUGUACGACCCGGAGUCAGUCAAAAGUGGCGGCACUCAAAUCACUCGGUAUUGAACAUGUUAUCGUGACAGACGAGCAGGACAUUGUGGAGGAAGUGGCACGCAUUACCGACGGUAUCGGCUGCCGCGUUAUCUACGACCCAGUUUCUGGAAAAGAUAUGGGCAAGUUACUUGAUUCACUUACAAUAAACGGGUUGCUCCUCGUCUACGGCGUUCUGGACCUAUCCCCAGCCGUGAUAGACCCGCUGAAGGGAAUGGCCAAGUUUGCCACGAUCAAGUUUUCCGCUGUAUUUCAGACGUUGCUGAAUGCAGAGAAGCGCGCUAAGAUGACAGAGUUCGUGCUUAGGGGCGUUAUCAACGGCGCGCUGAGGCCCGUCGUCGACAAGACGUUUCCGUUCCAGGAUAUUGUUGAGGCACAUCGCUAUCUUGAGAGCAACCAGCAUGUGGGAAAAAUCAUCGUGACUGUUGAUUGA